UUGGGAGCCGGUGGGUCGUCUGUGGUUGGAAACUAAACAAGCAUACCAGGUGCCAUCUUGUGGCACAGCCUACACGGCAGCCCCCAGUGGGCCUCAGCCUGAGCCCCCCACCAGCCUCAGUGGCCAUGUCGGCGGACGGGGGCGGGGACGCGUCGUCGGCGUCGGCCAUGUUCGAGGAGACGAGCGUGGACGACCCCGACUGGGUGCCGUAUUCCGACCGGGACGAGUGGCGGGACGUGACGCCGCUGCCGCAGGACGACGGGCCGCACCCGGUGGUGCGCAUCCUCUACUCGGAGCGCUUCUCCGACGUGCACGACUACUUCCGCGCCGUGCUGCGCUCGGGCGAGGUGUCCGGCCGCGCGCUGCGGCUGACGUCGGCGGCGCUGGAGCUGAACGCCGCCAACUACACCGUCUGGCACCACCGGCGCCACCUGCUGCUGGAGCUCGGCUGCCCGCUGCAGCCCGAGCUCGACUUCAUCCGGCGCAUGAUCGAGGACCACCCCAAGAACUACCAGGUGUGGCACCACCGGCGCGUGCUGGUGGAGCGGCGCGGCCGGCCGGGCGACGAGCGCCGCCUGACCGAGCUCGUGCUGGCGCAGGACCCCAAGAACUUCCACGCCUGGCAGUACCGCCAGUGGGCCGUGCGGCGCUUCGACCUGUUCGACGGCGAGCUGGAGUUCGCCGAGCGGCUCAUCGACGAGGACGUGCGCAACAACUCGGCCUGGAACCAGCGCUACUUCGUCGUCAACAACACGACCGGCUUCACGGCCGAGGCGGUGGCGCGCGAGGUCGCCUUCUGCCUGGGCGCGCUGCGCAAGGUCAAGAACAACGAGUCGGCCUGGAACUACCUGCGCGGCGUGCUGUUCCACGCGCCGGAGGGGCUGGCCGGCGCGUCGGACGUGACCGAAUUCUGCGACGGUCUCAUAGCGGCCGGCUGCCGCGCGCCGCAGCUGCUGGCGUUCGUGGUGGACGCCAGCGCCGAGGGCGCCGCCGCCGGCGACGAGGCGGCGCUGCAGCGCGCGCUGCGGCUCUGCGCCGAGCUGGCCGCCGAGCACGACACGAUACGUGAGCAGUACUGGCUGUACCGGCGGCGCGCGCUCGCCAGCAAACACGGCGUCGAGUAGAGGUUUGUCAGCCGGCUGGGAGCUGGCCGAGCUAGCGAGCGCCGGCCGGCCCGGACGGCAGCCGGGCCACCACCUGACGGCAUCGGCUCCGUCUGACCGCCGGACGCAGAGCCUCGCGUCGGCGCUGGCUUGACCCACGUGAUGGUCGGUCGGUGGCUGAUCUCUGGGCGUCUCAUGGUGACCGGUAGCGCCGCGAGCACGAGUGGAAGCGAUCAGCCACGUAUGGCGCGGACGUGAGAGCGGUCAGCCACAUGCGAUGCGGACGUGAGAGCGAUCAGCCGCGGUGGCGCGGACGUGAGAGCGGUCAGCCACAUGCGAUGCGGACGUGAGAGCGGUCAGCCGCGGGUGUUGCAGACGUGGGAGCGAUCAGCCAUAUGCGUUGCGGACGUGGGAGCGAUCAGCCACAUGCGAUGCGGACGUGAGAGCGAUCAGCCACAUGCGAUGCGGACGUGGUAGCGAUCAGCCGCGGGUGUUGCGGAUGUGGGAGCGAUCAGCCACUUGCGAUGCGAACAGGUUGGGUUGAAGCAGGAUGAGGCUCGUGGGAAUGGACGCGGCUUCGAUGUUUGGCGCUCGAUGUGCACUCGAUGCGACUCGCGCCAUGCUUGGUGACCUUAUUUGUGGAACUUUGGUAUGAAGCAUCGCCCGCAAUUUACGCAUACGCUGUGGGUGGUUUGGAACCUGGAAGGAGCAGAUGAAGCGCUUGUUGCGUAGUAGUUGCGCUUCCCCGGCUCUCUUGUUGAUACAUGACAGUGCGAUGAAUGCCGCGAUAACUGCACAGUCCUGCCCCACAACGCGUUAUAUUUGAAAAUAAAAAUCGAUUUAUGAUUGUA